GCGUCGACCGCAACACUUCGAGGCAGUAUGAACCGUCCCAUGCACACUCGCUCAAAGGACAAAUCCAGGGGCUUGCUAACAAUAUAUGUAAAAACAUACCUCUUCAUCAAGAAAGUUGGGCGUAG